AUGUCUUCCUUACUACCAGAAAUAAUUGAACAAAUAACUCAUUUUUAUUCAGAAUCAUUAUUUUUUAAUGAUCAUUAUAAAAGUAUUGAUUCAAAACAAUAUCCAAAAAGACUUAUUGAUAAAAUGCAUUUUACUCUUAGUAAAGAAUAUAAUUGUUCUAGUUCUGAUAGUAAAUCUUGGUUGAUUUUAAAGCAAUCAAAAGAUAAAAAAUUUUCAUAUUAUAAAUGUGAAAGAUGUCAAUUUUAUGAAAUAGCAAUUAAUUAUUCAAAAAGAAAAUCUAAAAUUAAAUCUGUAAAAAGAAAAAGA